AGAUGGUUGGAGUUAGUUGGCUACGAGCUUUUGAACGGUGCGGAUCAUCUCUUCUUGGAGUCGUGGAGUAGGAUCUUCGGAGUGCAGACGGGAAGAUUUUCUAGCUUCAAGUGUUGUGCCCUGGGACAGACAGUGGAAAGGGUUUUCCAACGGGACUUGUGCGCCUCAUCCGAUGGCGAAAAGUUGUUCGGUGUACAUAAUUGCGAUCGAGGAAUUAUUGGUGCGUGAUUGGUUGUGAUCUAUCCCUCCAGUUGGGUUGCCCUGAUUGGAGCUUGUUCGAAGGAGUGAAAAGUGAAGUUCUGGAUUUGACAGGGAAUGUGAUUAAACGCAGUUGGACGUGAAAGUUCGAUCGGUAGAAAAGUGAUAGUGGCUUGGGCGCCAUCCGGGGCAACGAAUGUCGUUUGUCUAGUGUUGGCUCUUCACAGAAGGAAGGAAUACGUGGACCACGCAGGAGGCGGUCUAGAGAAGUUUUAAUUGUGGGAUUAACGAACGUUUUGCCGAGCAACUGGAGUAGGACGGACCGUCGGAGAACCGUUAAAAUGCUGUCGAGACGAGGGUUUAUCGUGGCAGCAGCAGGAGCACUUGCGAUGUGCAGCCUCAUCUCCGUUGCGGACGCCCUGCAGGGCUACUAUGGAACGAAGAUCGGAGAUCUAACACAGUUGCAUCACGGGGUAUCUGGAUCGGUGUAUGCGGUCGAUGCUCGAACCUUGUUUCUGAAGAACUUCAACUACGAUGGAGAAGGUCCAGCGGCCUAUUUCUACGUGGGUAACACCCGGGCACCAAGCAACAAAGGAGCCCACCGGCUUCGGGACGAACGAGGUCGGUCGGGCAUUCUGCGGAAGUAUCGCAACGAGGAUAUCACGCUCUCGCUUCCGGAGGGAAAAACAUUGCGUGACAUCCGAUGGUUUUCGAUUUGGUGCGAUGAUUUCAGCGUCAACUUUGGAGAUGUGGUUAUCCGAAACGAUUUGGAUUUUCCGAGGCCAACCAAAAUUGGACAGUUAUCCGGAGUGCACGACGUAAGCUCGGAAAGUAUUGUGAUUGUAGAUGCUCAAACUCUGCUGAUUCCGAACUUUAACUAUGACGGAGAGGCACCAGAUGCUAAAUUUUGGGUCGGUCGCGGUCCGAAACCCAGCCCACAGGGAAUCCGUAUUCCGGACGAGAACGGUAAGGAAACGCCACUACGCCGGUACGACAAAAAGACAAUCGUCCUCACCCUGCCGGGAGAUUUGACCGUGUUCGACAUUGGCCAUUUUGGCGUUUGGUGCGAGGCGUUCACCGUCGACUUUGGCCAUGUGCGUAUUCCGGACCAGAUUAACGUUCCACCGUCGCUGAAGAUGCUGGGUAUCAGCCCACAGUCCAAAUUGAACUGCGAAGUACUUCUGGAUGACCUGGCGUUCGAGGUGCGAUGGGCCGUCGCCGGCGAGAGCAUCGUUAUCCAGCUUGUGGCCAAACUCGAGGAUGGCGAGUAUAUGGCUUUCGGUAUUUCUCCGGAUAAUGCGCAAAGUAUUAUGGUUGGAGCAGAUGCAGCCGUGGUUUGGGUAGACAAAGCUACCGGGAAAGGAUUUGCUCAGGAUUACUACCUGGAUGCGAAAUCCCAGUGCUCUGGUGGCCGGGGAUCUUGCCCGGAUACGCGAAUUAGUGAGAACAGUAACUCGAUUCGGUUGUUGAACGCUGCCAUGGUGAACGGAUACUCCAUCGUUACCUAUCAGCGACCACUGAGAGCCACAGAUCAUCUGGAUUUACCCAUCUUUACCAACGCAUCGCAGGCAAUUGUUUGGGCCAUCGGACCCCUGAACCAACGCUACGAAGUUUCCUAUCAUUCGCAAUUCUUAAAGAGUAAUAAACUAGUCGAUUUUGGCCGUCAACCGUACUGGAAUUGUCCAACGCCGGAGUCCGACCAGCAUAAGACGCAAGAAACUCCACAAAAACUGCAAAAUCUGGAACCGAACCGCCGAGCCGAUUCUAUGCAACGUCCGAAAGCACCAGCCACAGCUCGACCCCCGGCGAAACCGGGCGCUUGGGAUAUUCCUCCAAUUCAGUGCUACGAACCGGAUGAUGGAGUCUUCUACGCACAAAUGGGACCCACUGGGGGCAAGCAAGGGUAUCCAGCUAUCACCGGUCAUGUUGGUUGGGGCAUUUCAUGGUACAUCAACGGGUUACUCAUUCCGGAGAUCUAUGUAGUGCGCGGCAAAACGUACACCUUUGUCGUGGAGGGAGGUCAUGAUCCAGAUGUUCCCGCCAAAUAUCAUCCAUUUUACAUCACCGAUGACCCAGUUGGUGGCUAUGAGCACCAGGAGGAGAAAGCCAAGAAGCACAUCCGAAUUUUUGCUGGAGUUCACCAAACUCGUACCGGACAGUUGAUGCCAACCGGUGUUGGACGACUAUGUAAUUGGACACCGAACCCAGAUGGACCGCCCGCCGAUUCGUAUCCUUCCUUUGGGGCAUACCAGCGUAGUCUCUCCUUGAAGUGUGAUCCCGGCGAGCCAGGAGUGAUCACUUGGACACCCGAUGCGGAUACUCCAGAUACCGUGUACUACCAGUGUUUCACCCAUCGAUAUCUCGGCUGGCGUAUUAAUGUGCUCGACUCGUGCGACGUGGCAGCGCCAAGUGAAAUCGAUGAAGUGUACGCCGAACCAAAUGACGAUGGAAUAGCUGCGGAACAGUCGAUUCGUCAUGAAUCGAAAUUACUGCCAUCGGACUCGUAUGUUCAGCAGCACGAUAACCAAAUCGGUCAAGCGGAAAAAGACACAAUCAAAAACCAUAAAAUGAACGAAGAUCAAUCAAACAACGAUCAUAAUUUGGACCUGGAGAAUGACCCGGAAAUGACCAAAAUCAUUGAGGAAGGCAUACGAGCAGCGGAAGAUCUCGAGGAGAAACUAAAAAACAAUCAAACCUACGGCAACCACUCUGGAAGCGAUCAAACAUCCUAUCAUCCGGAAGGAUCACAACCCGGAAAGCCCCUUCUAACAUCAUCCGGUCUUCCGGUGUACCUUCGACCGCCAAACAACGGUCCCAUGUUCCGCCCAGUAAAACUACCAAUGCGUAGACCGAUCGCCGUCGAAAGACGGCCCAUCAACGGGCGUCCAAACCGACCUUACGUCAUCCCACAACCGUCCAUGAUCAUCAGUCACUAUCAGAAACCAAUGAACCCCUUAGUGCGACCGUUCAUGCAGAAGAGCAAACUCCCAAUGAAAGCGAUCGCUCCGAUCCUUCUGCUAGGAGAACCAACCGAAAUCAAACCCUUCCGUAAAGUUGCUAUGCCACCUCCACCGCCACCACCGAUGGAGAUGAUGCUGGUCAAACCAACGAAAACCAUCCCGUACAUGAUACCGGAAUUACCGCCCCAUCUGCCGGUGGCCCUUAAAAUGCCUGAACAAACCCCGAUCAACCUGCCCGUUCGAUAUACAAGACGACCGAUCAUGAAAGAACCCCUGAACGUAAAACCGAUCUUCAAGGCACCUUACGAUGUGCACGAGAACAAAACACCGGUAGAUCCUUUGCCAAACAGUGGAUUCGAGCCCAGCUCUGUGGUGGUGGAAAGCGGUUUCAAACCGAUUCAUCGCCGUAACGGCGAAUCCAAUGCCGAGUAUGAGGACCUGAUGCGACACCACUCGAACAUGAUUCAACGUCGCCAGGACUAUGAUAUUGACGAAGCGAUUGAAAGCGACGCGCUGAUGAUCGGAAGCGGAGAGCCCCAGAGGCAGGCUUUCGAACCGAUGUUCAUACCUUCACCCCUAGACAGUAUGGCGAUGGCGCACAAAUCAGCGGAAGUUGACAACGACCGUAAAGACGGCCAACUGAGCGGAGAUUUGAAACAGAUGAACGUAGAAGUCGGUGAGGAUAAAAUGGCCAUGGCUGACGACCGUGUCGACUCGUUUUACCUGCCCCCGGAUGGUCAAAAUGUAGUCAAAGUAUACCCGGAAGGUUCCGUCGUGUCCUACGAUGGCAAAGCGGUGUUGGACGUUUCCUUGCUAAAAUCACCAACCAACGUGCGGCAGGAGGUCGUUACGAAGACGGAACAAUUUGUCCGUGAUAAUCCUCAGUUUGGACCGUUCCGCGGGGAAAUUCCCCCCAUUUCCGACUACGUUGCACCGGACUCACACCCAAUCUACGGUGUCCGAGGGACCAACGCCGUUCAACCUCCGGUGUCGGAGUACGCGAACCCACUGGUACCGGGUGGAAUUAACGCGCACGACAAUAAAGAUCUAAGUGUCAAACCAAUUUCCACUAAACUGUCGAUCGUCAAACCGGUUGAGGAAGAGGUAGAAGAAUCGCGGAAAAAACGAGAAGCUCAUCAUCACCCGGACCACCACGGAGACAAUUUGGACGAGAGCUGGGAAGAUCGGCGCGCUAAGAGUGGUGCCGCGAAAUCUGCCUCCGCAGUUACGGUUCUGUUUUCUGUAGCCCCUCUGAAUCUCCUUCGGAGAUCGCUUUAACUCUCACUGGAAGCACGUCUUUCACCAUAUUAUCUCGAUAUAAGUAUUGUUAGUUAAGUUUUAUUUAGUACGAAAAGUACACGUGCUAACGAAUUCGGCGCAGCCGGCUGAAUUUCGACACUGUAAAUAAUAAACAAAAAGCUCCUCAGUUAAA